UCUGAAAAUCCACCAAACCAACGUCGUAAUCCGAUUGAUGUCGCCAUACUUGGUAAUUCGAUGAUAAAGUUAAUUAAUCCUUCUAAAUUACGGAAGAGCUUGAAACAUAACGUUAUGGUGAAAACGUUCUCCGGCGCUAAUGUCGGCGAUAUGCAACAUGCUAAACCGACGGUCGAGAAAAAUCCUAAAUGUGUAAUUUUACAUGUUGGUACUAAUGAUUUAAAACAUUCAAUUCCUAAAGAGAUAGCAGUAUCGAUAUCUUCACUUGGAAAACGGAUAGAGGAGAACUCGCCGGAAACAAAAGUGGUUAUCUCAGAAAUAACAUCGCGAUUCGACGAUUCAAGCCUUAUGCCCAAAGCCCCAAAAUAG